AUGAGCACUGUCAGUCCUGCAACUCCUGGUGGCCUAACGCAGCCAGAUUUGCAGCGCACCUGGAAGACAAAAACUUUCAUAAUCCUUGCUUCAUAUGCAACAAUGACUUUCACGGAGAUCAUGCGGCACUCGCGACUCACAUACAGCUGCAUGGAACGUGCCCCAUCCAAGGGUGCGGCAAGGUCUUUCAGUGGAAUCAGCUGGGUGACCACCUUCGGCAUGCUCAUACGUAUUGCCAACGAUUGUGAUGUGUGUGGUGUCGAUUUCUCCUCUAAGACUGAAAUAAGAAACCAUUGCAAGGAAAAUCAUUUCUUCUGCGCCAAGUGCAACGUCGGAUUCACAACUUCUGUGGCACAGGCCUUUCACCUCGGCAACAGCAAUGAUCACUUCUACUGUAGAAAAUGUUCUCGAGACUUCCCCAGUCCUGGUGAAUUAGUAAAGCACUAUACCACCUCAUCAUCUUGGGCUCCUGGAAUAGUGCAUCACUACUGUCAAGUAUGCCAUUCGGACUUUACCGACAAUGAGCAUUUGAGAAAUCAUUAUUUAUCAUCCGAUAUUCAUAAUUAUUGCUAUCUAUGCAAUAAACACAUGGGCUCUAAAGCUGAAUUGCGACAACACUAUAUAAACCAGAAGGCAACACAUGGCUACUGCGAGUCGUGUCAAAUUCCUUUCAAGAGCAAAGAAGACUAUAUCCAGCAUGCUAUACAGAAUCCCAAGUCUCAUGCGUAUUGCCAGCAAUGCCACGAGGCGUUUGCAACUCAAGCUGCUCUUGACACUCACAAGAGUGUGAGUACGGCUCAUCAUUAUUGCGAAAAAUGCAACAUGGACUUUGAGGAGUCCCUGUCACUACAGCUACACCUGGAAGAGGGACACCCGACUUGUAACAUCUGUCUCGAGUUCUUUCGUUCGUCCCACAGCUUAAAUGAGCAUAAAUCCUUCCGACAUGCGUACAAAUGCUGCCGUGCAUGUUCUAGAUGUUACCCCGAUGGGAAAUCGUUGAAAGAACACAUGCAAAACAGUCACCACUACUGCCAACGAUGUGAUCGAGUUUUCGAGACAUAUACCUCUCUCAAGUCUCACUCUAUGGAAAGUGACCAACAUCAUGCCUGCUCUACCUGCGGUUUUGAUGCUAAGGAUAUUGAAUCACUCGAGCAACACGUCUUUUAUGGGCAUUACUAUUGUAAAGUAUGCGAGCAGACUUUCGUGUCAUCGGCUGCGCUCCAGAAUCAUUUGAACCAAAGUAAUGAACAUUAUUACUGCUCACAAUGUGAGCAUGAUUUCGAUGAUGCUCAAACCUUGGCUACACACAUUGAGCACCAGCAUAAUUGUCACCAUGAGUCUGACAACAAAGAAUGCCUCGAGAAUCAUAUUUCGUCUUGUUAUCUAAAGGUUAUACCUCAAGGAAAGGAAACGGCAACGCGGGAGGAAAUGGUAAACAAAGAAGUAACUGGCCAAAAUCCUAACGAUGAAGUAUCGAGGGGCGAGGAAUGUGAUGAUGGAGAGAUCGCGGAUGGAGAUUCUCGUUCAAGUGAAUCUCAGGAAGAAAGUAGUGGUAUUAUGUGCUUCGUCUGCCCGAAGAGGUUCCCUUCGAGACUCGCAAUGGUCAAUCAUUGCGAAGAAGGAGACUGCCGGGAAGGAUUCUAUCAGGCUAUAUACAACGAAGAUAAAAGCAAAGAAUUCACAACUGACUCUGUCAAAAUGACCUUUACUGGCAUGGGACGAUUUAAGUGUCCGCAGCCUUAUUGUGGUGAUUUGUUUUCUAAAUUUAGUGGUCUAAUAGACCAUCUUGAAGCAUUGGAAUGCGGUGCCUGGUUGGAAAAGCGAAGAGAAGAUGAGCUCAGCUAUUUGAAGAGCUACCUGUCUUAAGUGCAACUUUAUCGGAUGUUAAUGGAGUUAGUCUGUUGAAGGUAUCGGGGAAUGCUUUCGUUAAUGUGAAAGGCUUGAGCUUUACGACGAAUUGCUGUAUAAAGGGAAAUAUGCUCGAAGCACUAGCAAGAGCUAACCUGUUCUAUGGAGCUAUAAGCCAAUGGAUCAUCCGAUGUUUUUGCAUCCGAAUUCGUCGAAGCUACACACCAACAUGUACGUGGUUGUUAGUAAUAGGU